AUGUCGGCCUGGGAGUUCAGCCAAGCAAGUUUGCCCUCAAGGGUCCCAACCUUAGGCUCGCUCGACCUGCACCUCGAAGAAGAUGAGUGGAAAAUAGCUGGCAGCCACAACGCGCACCCUCAACAAGACCUCAACACAAAUAGUGGUGGAGGUUCAACGUCUCCACGCUCCACUUACACUGAAAGCAAGAAAACAGCAAAACCAGACAACCCACCAACACUGAUUGUCCCUCCGACCAAUUUCCGUCAGACUCACCGGAGAACCACUCUCUCAAUCUCUUCACCCCUUCUUUAUAACCUGGUGGGGAUUGCAUGCAAUAUAUAA